UAAGAGUCUCUGAGGCAGAUGAAUUGAUUGAGAAGAGGUUUCCUGACUUGAAAUCCAAGACUAAGCACAACUCAGCUGGUUUGGGGAAGAUUUGGCUUCUCUGGAGGGAGGAAGUUUCACUUUCUGUUCUUCACUCUUCAGAUGAGUUUAUUCAGUUUAUGGUUGGGGGAUUACAACCAUUCUUUUGCACUGUGGUCUAUGCAUCUAAUGAGGAAAAGGAAAGACAGAUUCUAUAUUGAGAGCUAGCCAGUAUUCGAGUCACUCAUAUGCCUUGGAUGGUGCUGGGUGAUUUUAACGGUAUUAGGCAUCCUACUGAAGCGUCUAAUAAUCCAAGGGUGGACUCAACUAUGACUUUAUUUCAGGAUUGGAUUGUUGAGUUGGAGAUGGAGGAGCAUCAGGCAAGUGUGCCAUGGUUUACCUGGAUGAACAAACAAGCAAAUAACCCAAUAGCAAAGAGAUUGGAUAGAGUUCUGAUUAACUUUGACUGGAUGGAUUCUGUUAAGGAGAUCAAGGUUCAUUUUCAAGCCCCUGGUGUUUUGGAUCACUGUCCUGUAUUGGUUGAUACAGAGAGUUCUAUGAAAUCCCUGCCCAAGCCUUUUAAGUUUUGGCUUCGUCAUCCUCGUUUUGAUGAGCUACUUGAAGAGGCUUGGAGGAGUAGAGUUACUGGUCACCCUCUGAUCAGAGUUUGCAAAAAGUUGAAGAACCUUAAAAACCUGCUAAGGAAGCUUAACAAAGAGGAAUACUCUGAUAUUAGGGAGAGAGUUAAGGAAAAGGAGGCUAGCCUUCAUUUGAUGCAGCAGGAGGCUCUCACUGAUCCAACUGAGGGUAAUUUUGAAGAAGAGAGGAGACUGAGUCAAGAAUAUAAAGCUCUAUUGGAUGCAGAGGAAAGUUUCUUAAGACAUAAGUCAAGGGAGAGUUGGUUGAAAACUGGUGAUAUGAACUCAGAAUAUUUCUAUCGAUCAGUUAAGUCAAAGCAAAAGAGGAACACUAUUAGAAUGCUAAAGAAUGAGCAGGGAUAGAAGGUUCAAGAGGUAGAUGAGAUGGCUCAGAUUUCUGUCAGAUUCCAUAAGAAUCUGUUGGGGGUUGCUGAUAAUGAGGUUGAGACAGUCUGAUGAGUUCUAUCCUAGGCUAUUAAAAAGGACACUUACUAAGGAGCAAACUACUGGCCUAUGUGAUGGUUUCACUGAUGAGCAGAUAAGAGAUGUGAUGUUUGGGAUGGAUGCUGAUAAUGCUACUAGGGUUUUCUGCAACAUUCUUUCAUUAUGCAUGGCCAUUGAUAGGCUCUGAGGUAACCUCUGCUAUCCGUUAUUGCUUUGAACAAGAUAGAAUACCUCGCCCUGUUAAUGCUACUAUUCUUUCCCUGAUCCCUAAGGUCCCCAACCCUGAUGAAAUGAAAAAUUUCAGACCUAUAUCCUGUUGCAACAUCCUGUAUAAGUGCGUCUCAAAACUGAUUGCAAAUAGGUUGAGCAGUGUGCUUUCAUUUUUAAUUAGUAAAAACCAAACAGCGUUUGUGAACGGGAGGCUUAUUGGGGAAAACAUUCUUCUAAUUCAUGAAAUGGUCGACGGUUUCUGUGUGGUGUGGUUAGAAAAUCUGGCUCCUAAUAGCGUGACAUGCUUAAAUUCCUUUUGUUCUCCAUUAGUCUAGCUAGUAUUCUUUCGUCAAAUUUCAAAAGACAUUUACACAUAAAGUUAAAUUCAAUGU